AUGCGACUUCUGUUUACCGCAAUCGCUGCAACUACGGUGGCCGUUAUUGCAGAUACCACCACGAAUCGGCCAUGGAACUACGCCAGUACAACACCCUCAAAUUUCGUUUCGCCUUGCGCCUGCUCGAAUUACAGCAAUAUUUGGCUGGACGUAAUGUUGGUGAUUGACAGUAGUACGGCUAUGACUUCACACGGAAUCGAGGAGUUGACCAAUUAUCUCGAGACGGCCUUUUUGCGCAUGAGUGUUGGCCAAACAAAGGGACAUUUCACUCGUAUUGGCGCGGUGGGCUAUGGUGACAAUGCCACCCUCCUUCAUCCGCUCACCGACUUCCAAAGUGUUGAUGACCUCCUCAGCAGAUUCUCCCCCAAAAUGGAUGGCAGUGGUGGUUCGAACAUUGAAAGCGCAAUUCGUCUCGCCCAAGUCCAAUUCGAAUCGGGCGGACAUCGUGCCAACGUGAAGAAGGUUCUCGUGAUCGCUGCUUCCCAUUACGAACCGGGUGCUUCUGAAGAUCCGGUCCAGGUUGCACAACAAUUCCGUGAGGAUGGUGGCGUCAUUAUCACCCUAGAAUACGUCCAGACACACGGCGCAUCUGUUCCGGUUUUGAAAUCACUGGCUACGCCCUGCUACAGCCUGUCAAAUUCCAAUGAAGACUUGAGGGUGAAUGAUCUACUAAACAUGUUCUGCAAUGCAAACUGCUUCUGCUACACAAAUUGGAAUCCCUAUGCCACGGAUCCGGUGUGUCCAUUCCCAGAUGGUGGAUGUUAUUAUCCAGUAACGAUUCCAGCAGCUGAAGUUCUGGCCAAGCGUUACUGCGAAAACCACAAUGGGGGAAUGCUAGUCAAGAUUGAAGACGCGGCUAAGGGAGUGUUCGUCAACAGCUUGUUCAACAACAAAAACGAGAAAACCUGGAUUGGACUCGAGCUCAGCCGCUCCUUAUUUGCCUAUCUAUGGGAGGACGGAUCCCAGGUCGGUAGCUACCAGCCAUUUGCGACCCACAAUAUGAGCAUUGCUUGCGUCUCGCAAGGACAGGGUACCGGCUUUAACAGCAAUUGGUAUCCCGAGGAUUGUUACGCAGAUUAUAUGUACACUUGCCAGGCGACACCAUGCAGUGCCGAUAAAUUAUGUCCA